AUGAAGAAGUUUCCGAGUUGGCUGCUCGACCUGACUCUGGUCAUGCUGAUGACGGCGUGUCACCAGGUGAGGGGAGAAUUCUUCGUCUUAUCGGGACCAGAGCAUAGCCAAGGAAGUCAACUGAAAGCCCGGGACAUGUAUUGCCUGACCAAUGACAUGGGCAGCGCAUUGUCUUGGAACAGCAACCUCGAAUGGGACGUGUCCAGACCCGACGACGACGUCUCCCCAAAGCCUCUAAUUCUCCACAAUGCCAACAACGUUUAUCCGGAACAAGACAGUCUCAACUGUCAAAUGGGCCAGCGCAACGAGUGCUCGAAAACUUGGACGAGAAUCGGUAAUUGGAGCUACGUUGACAUUUUGGACCAUCCAAUGGCACCUAUUUUGGACAACCGUUGGGAAGAUUUUCCAACGGUUCGCUUAGGAAAUGAGUACAUUCUCUUCGAUGGUCGACCAAAUCCCGGAGUACUGACGAUAUCCAUCAGGGGCGAUUCAAACGUUCGCAUAAAACUGUCUGAAGCCAAAUCUGAUAAACGAUUUUCUGUCUAUGUCACCUUGGGACCCUUGCAGAAUACAAUCAGUAUCAACAAGAGAUGUGAAGGGGCUGGCCUCGACUCAACAUCGAGCCCUUUUAUAACAGAUGAAUGUGAAACUAUUCUGGCUUCGAACCAAAAGUCAGUUUUAUCAUCAAUAGAGUGGAUAACUCUUGUCAUUAAAUGGCAAUUUGCAGAACGAUUCGAACUUUCGGUAGAAGAUUUAAACGAGAUAUUUAUGAGCUACAGCACCGACAAAGGUUACGAACUCAUCGAAUCGACGAAUAAAGCCCCCAUGAUUUACGCCUUCGCUAAAAGUGACGGUCCCAUUUUCAUGAAAAUGCACAACUACGGCUACUCCAUGACUUUAACGACCAAAUCAAAGCUAAUCAGCGCGGACAUAAUGUCGCCGUCGCAGGACAGGAACAUGUGCAUCGAGAUGUCCAUCAGUCUGUGCGAAAAUUGCUUGAUGUUCGCCGAUUUUGUAGAUAGCAGUGGCACGCAAAAGGCGGCUGCUACAUUUACUAACAAACUAUCGAGCAGCAAAAACGGUUUGCCAGCCUGGCGAAACGUUAAAAUCAACAAGACUUUGCCCAGGGACAUGGAUUUUCCCGUCAAAUUAUUAAUCAACACUUUGAGCAAUACCACUAAAAAUAACAAACCCUUCUGGGCCAUAUCCAACAUUCGCCGAUGUUACAACAGCGUUUACAAAGCUAUCAAAAUUAGGACUUACAAUGCAAAUAGCUCUCAACCAAACUCAUCUCCGGGUUGGCAAAAAAUCACUUGUCAAAAACUCAAUCCGGAUGGCUCUUCAACGGUAAUCGAUUCUGUGAACCGCGAUAAUCGAAAAGCGUUGUGUCAAGAAGGUAAGGUAGGUUCAUCGUGUCAAGUAAGGUGUUCUGAUUUAUUCAUCGACAGCGGCGAUUGCAAACAGUUACACGUUUGCGACCAGAUCGGAUGUUCCUGUGCUCAAGGAUUCAAAAUGCCCCAGUGCACUGAACAAUGCCCUGAACUGACCUAUGGCCACGAGUGUCAACGUAAAUGUGGCCAUUGCGCCUACAAUAACUGCAAUGCUGCCACUGGGGAGUGUAAAUAUGGUUGUAAAAAUACCGACAAACAGCUAUACCUGCUGCCUUACUGCAAAUUUGGAAUCGGAUCACCACCAGCACCGAUAGUAGAAUCAAUCAAUUCAACCUGCGUGAGAGUGUAUUUGAAAAUGAAGCCAGAAUAUAAAGCCAUUGACACGGUUAUUCGUUUUGAAAUUCGAGAGAAUGCAACUGCCUCGGCUAUAAUGAGCGAUGAAAUAAUAAUCGACAAAAAUACGAUUAAUAUCGAUUUUUAUGCUGAACACCUAACUCCUGGAACACGCUACAAAGCGGUAGGAAUCGUUUACAGUCAAAAUCACACUUUUCUCGGAGAAUCGACUAAUUUCACCACUCAGUGCACUGAGUCGACUGCUUUGAAUUUUGUAACAAUGGUAAAGAUGACGAGUUUUACUUUGGACAAUAAAGUCGAUGUACAUGUUAAUGAUUCCUGUCCUCAAAAUUGGUACAACAUAAAAUUAAUGGAUGAAAAAAACGAGACACUGUUCGACGGUAGCUCGAACUUCCCUCGAACUUUCGAACAACUUGAGCCAUUUAGUAAUUAUAAUAUGAUCAUUAAAUCAAACAAUAAUACACUGGUAGACAGGAUGCUGCGGACUCUCGAGGGAGUACCGGAUGCAGUGCAAAAUUUAUCAGUUAAGGCAUCUGAAGAUCAAGUACGCGUUGACUGGUUACCUCCAAUCAAUCCUAGAGGGAAAAUUGUCAACUACACUGUGGAAAUUAGACCUAUCGAAUUUUUCGGCUGUGAAGAUGUGAAUUCUUCAAUUGCUUACGAUAAUUAUUACGAGAAGCCUUUAAAAACUGGAAUCAUAAUAGACGAUCAGAUACUCGACUCGUAUAAUUAUACAUUUGAUGGAUUGAUGCCAUAUGCAAAAUAUCUAAUUAAUGUUUUUGCAGCUAACACUAGAUAUAAAGGCGAGAUUAUCAGUUACGAAAUUGAGACACCAGCCUCUAAGACCGCGAAGGAAGAAUUCAGCCAUUUAAGAUUAACGAAUGAAACUUCUUCAACAACUGCCGCAUAUUUGAGAUGGGAUCCUCCGGAAGAUUGCACAACAAUUAGAGGGCCCACAAAACUUGCUAGAGUAUCAAUUCGACGAAAUAAUGGACUGUUGGUAAAAGACGUUGAUGGAUAUUCAUUUCCACUCGAAAAAGUUGACUUUAAUGGAACUGAAACAUACGAAGUGAAUUUAUAUCCUCUUCGAGAAUUGAAUGGUGACAUCAAUGAAACGGCGUUUAGCAAUUUAACUUUUACUAUGCCCGCUAGAGCACCACCACCUGUACAAAACUUAGAGGUAAUAGAAAUAAUUGCCAACGAGUCCGUAAAAUUACGAUGGGAUGAACCAAAACCACCUCACAACGGACAAUUGAAAUUUUAUUCGGUUGUCUUUUGUAGUGAGAAUUCAAAAAAAACUUGUAAAGAAGAAAAAAUAAUGGUUUAUCGAAACGAAACAUGUGGAUUAUCGGAUUCGUCAUCUGUCAAUAUUUGUGCUACGAUUCCUCUACCCAAUGGUGAUUUUAAUCAAGUACUCGUCAGUGCUCAUAAUAACAAAAUUGCCGAACCAUCAGAACCCGUGAUGGCACCACUAAUACAAAAAAGAAUUGUUCCCUCGGCACCUCAAAAUCUGAGCUUAAACAUAGUAAAGGAUGACAAUUCAACAGUUAAGGUGACUUGGAAUCGUCCUCUUAUAACUGGCGGUAAAUUGGAAAAAUAUGUCCUUGAAGCUAGACUUUUGAACAGUUCUUUGAAGGUCACACCAUGGAAAGAAAAAACAAUAGACUAUGAAGUUCAAGACGAUGACUACGGACCAUUGUACAGUUACGAUCUUAAUUUGUUUCCCUCAUCGACAUUUAGCAUAGCUAUAAAGGCGAUAACAGUAGAAGAAGUACACGGUAAAAAAAGUGAACUAAUCGUUGAACUUGAUGGUGCAAUGGAUUUCGAUAUCGACGAUUUGAAAAUAAAAAUGAAUGGAGAUUCAACGCUUUCAAUAACCAUACCGAAAAUUAACAAUGAAGUUGAAGGAAGUUCUUUGACGGUAGUUUUGCAAGGAUUCAGAUUUUGCGAAGAUACGAAUGCGUUUAACGUCAGUAAAAGAGAUAAUUUGAUUCAGUUCCCAAACAUAUUAAAUUCGUCUAACUAUGAGAGUCGGCUUGUUGCAACUUUUGAGAAACCUGACGAGUGGGUUGGUAGAGAAUUCAUUAUAGGGCAUAAUACGCCCGAACAACAAUCGAACGAAUAUAAAAUGUGCGAAAAUGAAUCAUACUCGGUUCACUUAAUUUUAGCUGAGAAUCUAAGAGGUGAAAAACGAGUAGUACGUUCGAUUAAUUCUGAUGAGGUGCUUAUGAGCCCAUCUCAACAUGAUUUCUCAUUCAUGUGGCUGAUCAUGUUAUUCGCUAUCAUAUUGGCUCUCAUUGUCUUAAUUUUUCUCUGUUAUCAUUGGUUUUAUAAAAAGUGUGCGCAAAAAUACGAAAGAAAAAGACAAAGGAAAGUCCAGACAGAGCACUUGCAAUUGUCUCCGGAAAUAAAAACACAAUUACAAAUGAAUGAAGAUGAUGUCGAGUCGAUUGAGAAAGAGGAUUUUGAUAGCAAGUGCCCGUCAUGGAGUUCAAUAAUUGAUUCCUCAUCGAAAAUUAAUGUAAAAGAAUUUUAUCAUCAUUUCGAAUAUGUUUAUAUGAGUGGAAAACUACAUGAUGACUAUUACAGGUUGAAAAGAGGUCCCACAAAGCCAUGUGCCGUAGGUUCUCAUGAAAACGUUGAAUCAAAAAAUAGAUAUUCCGAGUUAAUACCUUAUGACGAAAAUAGAGUUAUUUUACCUGGUGAUGGGAUUUCAAAUUACAUCAAUGCUAGUUACAUAAGGGGUCACCAUGGUCUAGAUUGCACCGAGAAGAAACGAGCUUACAUUGCUACUCAAGCACCAAUGAACAAUACCGUAAAUGAUUUUUGGAAAAUGAUUUGGCAGGACAAUGUAAAGCUUAUAUGUAUGUUAAUGAAGCUUGUUGAGGGGAAUGAAAUUAAAUGCCAACAAUAUUGGCCAUCACAGGAGGGAGAAACUGUCUCAUAUGGAAAUAUAACAAUCAAAUUGGUAAGCGAAGAAGAAUAUUUCAAUUACACGGACAGAAUUUUUAAAGUGACUUGCGCUGGCAGUGAAGAAAGUCGAAAGGUGCGGCAUUUACAAUUCACAACGUGGCCGGAUGAGGGAGUACCGGAAAAUAUCCGCUCAUUGGCGCAGUAUCUCGUGGAGGUGCGCACAUACCUGUCGAUACCGCAAUCACCCGAAGAUGCUCCAAUAGUUGUUCAUUGCACUGACGGUGUUGGUAGAACUGGUACCUUUAUCGUUUUGGACAUGUGCAUAGCUCAAGCAAUUUUGACAGGGGAAGUCGACAUUUUUCCGCACAUAUUUAAAGCUAGAGAGGAUAGAAUAAAUAUGGUCGAUAAGUUGGAUCAGUAUUUACUUAUUCAUGUUGUUUUGCUGGAAUUCUUCACCAUCGAGUUGAAUACCUGCUUCGAAUGCGACAGUACAUUAGCGGAAAAUAUUUUCAAAGCCAAGCAAGAAUCAUCGUUUCGCUAUAGACGCAUCACUCAUAGAGCCUGGUACGAACGGAUAUUUGAAAAGCCUCAGAUGGAGGAAAAAAAAUUGUCGGCUCGAAACAAGGCCAAACAUAGGUUUCCCGAUACGGCCAGAGAUGCACACAGACUGUACUUAAAUAGAUCGAUAAGCAGCGAUCCGGAAAGCGAUUACCUGGCGGCCUGUUUCGUUCGGGGUAUUUUCAAAGAUCGCAACUAUAUAGCAACGCAGUUACCGAUGCCAACGACGGCUGGCGACUUUUGGCGUAUGCUUUCUGAGCAGAACGUCGAACACGUCUUGGUGCUUCAGUUGCCGGAUUUGCAUGAUCCAUCUUAUUGUGAACUGGUACCUGACAAUAAAGGAUACGCUGGGACUAAUUACAUUAAGGUUAUUCGUCAGGCACACCUCACUGAAGACUUUCAAUAUUACUUGAAGGAAGAAGUACUUAUUAUCGAUAGCUCUAAGCCUUCGAGAAAACAAAUAGUGAAAUUUUUUAGCUACAAAAAUUGGACGGAAACCCCAAAACCAUGCCUAAAAGAGUUGUUGCAUAUUUGGAGAAUGUUGGAAUAUCAGCCCAGAAAAAUACAAUGCCCAAUUGUUGUAGUAUGCCGUGAUGGGGUGACUGCAUCUGGAUUUUGGCUGACGAUGUCUCUAUUGUUUCAAAAAAUGAUAAUCGAUAGGAAAUGUGACCCAUCUGAAGUAGUUCGUACUUUGAGGCGUCACCGCGAAGACUUUUUCAAUCGUCCUGAAUAUUUGGACUACCUGUAUGAUGCUGUUUUGGCCUGGAUAUUGGAUCCGAUAGAGACUGACAUUAAUUAGUUUAUAAACAUAGGUUUAUAUAUAUACAUGUUUUAUUUGUAAUUUAUCUUCAUUUCAUGCUCGAUAGAAUACUCACAAUUAUUUUACAUUACAAUCUUCAAUAUUGAAUUCGAUUAUAUCAUGCAUGAUCCACGUGAAAAUUGUUGAAAGCUUUUUUAACUUUUAUAUUUUGAGAUUGAAUCAUCAAUAAAAUCAAUUAAC